AGCAGAGAUCAGAUGCCCGCCACUAAUAACACGAUCGUGCACUAGCCACUAUACUACUGCUACUACUAUAAGUACGAGUAGCUAGCUUGCAAGAGUGUAUUAGAUCCAAUCCAGCCAUUUUUAGCUGCAUGAUCACGAUGGGUUUCUUGUUUGCCAGGAGCAGCGGCUACAGCUUUGUUGCUCUUGCCCUCCUGGCGUGCGUGCUGCUGGCGCCGUGCCAGGCGGCGAAGGCGGGGCUCUCGAUCAAGUUCUACGCCAAGACGUGCCCCGGCGUGGACACCAUCGUGCGGUCGGUGGUGGCGCAGGCCGUCGCCAAGGAGCCCCGGAUGGGCGCCUCCAUCAUCCGCCUCUUCUUCCACGACUGCUUCGUCAACGGGUGCGACGCGUCCAUCCUCCUCGACGACACGCUGACGUUCACAGGCGAGAAGAACGCCGGCGCCAACAUCAACUCCGUGCGCGGGUACGAGGUCAUCGACGCCAUCAAGUCCCAGGUCGAGGCGGCCUGCAAGGGCGUCGUCUCCUGCGCCGAUAUCGUCGCGCUGGCGUCUCGCGACGCCGUAAACUUGCUCGGGGGACCGACGUGGAACGUGCAGCUGGGCAGGAAGGACUCGCGCACGGCGAGCGGGACCGCGGCGAACGCCAACCUGCCCGGCCCGGCGUCCAGCGGGGCGUCGCUCGUGGCAGCGUUCGCGGGGAAGGGCCUCUCGGCGCGCGAGAUGACGGCGCUGUCCGGGGCGCACACCGUGGGGCGGGCGCGCUGCCUCAUGUUCCGCGGCCGCAUCUACGGGGAGGCCAACAUCAACGCCACGUUCGCCGCCGCGCUGCGGCAGACGUGCCCGCAGUCCGGCGGCGGCGACGGCAACCUAGCGCCGUUCGACGACCAGACGCCCGACGCGUUCGACAACGCCUACUUCAAGAACCUGGUGGCGCAGCGCGGCCUGCUGCACUCCGACCAGGAGCUGUUCAACGGCGGGUCGCAGGACGCGCUGGUGAGGAAGUACGCCGGGAACGCCGGCAUGUUCGCCGGCGACUUCGCCAAGGCGAUGGUGAAGAUGGGCGGCCUCAUGCCGGCGGCCGGGACGCCGACGGAGGUCAGGCUGAACUGCCGGAAGGUGAACUAAGAUUAAUGGCGUUUACGUGGGUGUACGUCAUGAUCAUUCGUAGCUAAGAUCAUAUAUCCAAUCGAGAAUUUCCCUUUGUGGGAUUGUGAUGGAGACGUGCAUGUAGGAUAUGACCAAUUUUAUUAUCCUCAUUUGGUAAGCAAUGCCCUGCUAAUCGGCGCGGCAAUAUUCAUACAGAAUUUGCUUUGGAAUGCUUGAAUCUUUUAGGAACUUUGUUAACAAAAUAUUUCAGCAAUAUAAUUAACGGGUUAUUGUGAUAU